GUCAGAGAAACCACUUUCUGCUGUAAUCAUAAACUCUGACAAGAGAAUGCGUUUCUACACUGGAAUCCAAACUGUGGCCAUUUUCAAUAUAUUGUUUUCACUUAUAAAGCCAUCACUCCAAAAAAUUCAUUAUUGGAGAGGAAGAGUUUUGUCCACAGAAAGACAAAAAAUAAUCAAGCAAAGGCAAAACAAAUUGUGUGGCAAAGACCAGCUGCUAUUAGUUCUUGUAAGAUUGAGACUUGGUGUAUUAAAUCAAGAUCUGGCAGACAGAUUUCAUAAUUCAGAAGGAACAUGCUCCAUUAUGUUUUCCACUUGGAUUAAAUUUUAAAACAAGGUUCUGGGAAAUGCACUCAUAGUUUGGUAACCAAAAGACAUCAUUCUUGAAAAUUUACCUGACAUAUUUAAGAAGACGAAUAAAAACACCAGAUGUGUAAUUGAUUGUUCUGAAGUCUACAUUGAAAGACCAAAAUCCUUAGAUGUUCAAGCGUGCACUUGGUCAGAGUACAAAAAGCACAACACAUUCAAGUUUUUAAUAGCUGUGUCGCCAGCAGGCUAUAUAAUGUUUAUUUCAGAUUGUUAUGGAGGAAGGACAAAUGACCAAUACAUUUGCCAAAACAGUUGUUUUUAUAAUUUACUUGAAUAUGGUUGACAAAGUUAUGGCAGGUAGGGGCUUUCAAAUUAGAGAAGAUUUGUUGCACCAUUAUUGUUCCUUGAAUGUCCCACCUGGUGCCCGAGUGAAGUCACAGAUGACAUCAGCAGAAUUCUACAAAACCAAAGAGAUGGCAAAUUUAUGAAUUCAUGUGGAGCGUGCCAUCAACAGAUUAAAAACAUUUCGAAUUUUGGAAAAUAUUUUUCCCAUAACAAUGUUACCAUUGGCUGAUGAUAUUAUUAGAGUUUGUGCAACCAUUUGCAACAUACAGCCACCAUUAAUCCGUGAAAAAAGUAUAUGUAAAGUAAUGAAUUUUUUGUUAUUAUUUUUGAGGUUACAGUGGCAAAAACUUUGAGCAUAUUGUAUGAAAAUAAAUCUUCAAAAUAAAGUCCCAGUUGUUUUUCAAAAAUGAACCUGCACCCCUAGCUAUGUGCCUCAUUUUGUGCUACUACUACAGCUCCAAGGAGUGUGCGUUAUUUCAAGGAGGGUGAAUAUAUUACAAUGCUACUCUUUAAAUAAUGAAGGAACAUAAAACUUAAGAUAAAAUUCUGAAAAAUUAUCCUUCAGUCCCAUCCAAAGAUCUUUGUCAAAGCUUAAUAUUUGUGCAAAAACACCAUUGGGGGUCUAAACAUUAAAGUGGCAUUUAUGGAUUUCAGAAGCAGCCAUCUGGACUUGGCACUGUGUGUAAUACUUGUGACUGGGUUUGAGACUUGUUAUAUUAGCAUCUUUAUUCAAGUAUGGCAAUGUAACACUAGCAUCCAAAGGUGAUUUGUCUCUGAUAGAAUAUGGGCACUUGACCUCUAAGCAAGAUUUUCCACAACACAGGCAAUCAGGAUUAUUCUGUCUGGGCUGCCACCAACGAAAGGAACAUCUUUGCAUACAAAAAAUGCCGCAUUCAUGAACUGUAACACAUUUGUGGGUUUUUUUAUAUUCAGCAAUAAAUGUGUUUACAGCCUCAGUUUCCAUUGCACGUUCAUAUUUUAGUGCAGGCAAUUCCGGAUUUACAUGCUUAUUGCCAGAUAUACUUUUAAAAAUUGCCUCAAAAUUGAUUGAAUCUUCAUCUUUAUUGCAUGACUCUCUUUGUGUUUGCAUUUGUGUUUUGACACUAUGUGCCUUUGAAGCGCUGAUAACAUGUUUUCGGACUGCAAACCAUAAUGGGUUGUCACUCUGCCUUCUUGUUGCAAUUUCAAUUCGUGUACGAUUUGAUGGAAAGUAUUCUAUUUUCAUUAAAAAUUCUUCACUGGAUUCUGAUUCUAAUAAAAAUUUAUCUAAGGUGUAUAAUUAUUCCUCUAUAAUUGCAUGUGCAGUGGUAUUCUGUUCAACCCUGUUUACAGCAGAGAAUACAAUUGAUUGACUUCUGUUACACACUGUUGAUAAUGCAUUUGCAAUCUCAUUCAAGGUGAGAUUUGAUUCUUCUUCACCCAAUGCAUCAAACCUUUUCUUUGGUGAACAAUUUAAGCCUAGCGCACACAGCAGAUAUUUGUCGCAAAAGACGAAGAUUUUUGUCUUUUUCAUAAAAACUGAUUGCCCGCACACAGCACGAUUUUUUUCGGAUUAGUGCCUCGAUUAAGUUUUGUGACCUCUUUUUCACAUUGUUUGAACUUCUUGGCGCGUAAAAUAAAAUUCCAAACACGAAUAAAAUUGCUCAAGAAACUGACAAAGGUUAUGAAUUUGACAAAAAAGAAAGCACUGUUGGCUAUUAUCCUUUUAAUAAGACGAAGAAGGAGGCGAAUUGCGAGACGAAUGUGGGUGAAAUCCUGGAUUGAGCGUAGAAAUGAGCUGGGAGCAUAUCAGAAUCUUGUUCAGGAGUUAGCAUCGGAGGAUAAACCUAUGUACCAACGCUAUUUUCGUCUCAACGAAGACCUUUUCAAAUCUCUUCUUGCCAAAGUAAGACCAAUGAUUCAAAGAAAAGACACUCACAUGCGAAAAUCAAUUAGUGCAGCAGAAAGACUUGCAGUCACACUACGAUACUUAGCAACAGGAGAGUCAUUUCACAGCCUGGGAUUUUCAUAUAGACUUGGAGAAAGAACAAUUUCAUCAAUAGUGACAGAAACUUGUGAUGCAAUUUAUCAGAAUCUUAAGGAUAGAUAUCUUAAGAUUCCAAGCACAUCUCAUCAAUGGAAAACAAUCAGUGAUGGUUUCUACAAUUUAUGGGACUAUCCUUUUUGUGUUGGUGCAUUAGAUGGCAAACACAUUGCAAUCAAACAACCAAAAAUGUCUGGAUCAGAGUACUUCAACUACAAGGGAUAUUUCAGCAUAGUCCUUCUAGCAUUGGCAAGUUAUGACUACAAAUUGAUAUUUGUUGAUGUUGGUGCAAGUGGAAGAAAUGGUGAUGCUGGACUUUUUGAAACAUCGCCUCUAAAUCAACAGAUGAAAGACAAAUCAAUUGCCUUUCCAGAAGCUGAGCAAUUUGGGGAAACAUGCAUCAAAUGUCAUUAUCAUAUCAUUGGUGAUGAUGCAUUUCCCUUGAGAAAUGAUAUCAUGAAACCAUUCCCAUUUAGACAACUGUUACAUGAACAGCACAUUUUCAACUACAGGCUUUCUAGAGCACGACGGGUUGUCGAAAACGCUUUUGGUAUCAUGGCUAAUAGGUUCAGGGUGAUGCUGACAAAGAUUAUGUUGGAGCCUGAAAAGGCUAAGCAAAUUGUGCUGGCAAUUUGUUGUCUGCACAACAUGCUGAUUGAUGAGCAGCCUUCAUAUAAAAAUGCAUGUGACAGUGAAAGAGACAACCAUGAGCUUUUUCAAGGCAGCUGGAGAUUAGACAAAUCUCUAACUGAGUUACAGAAGACAAAAAACAGAAACUGUUCAUUAAGUGCUAAGGGUCAGCGUGAGCUUUUGAAACAAUAUUUUUCCUCAACAUCUGGAUCAGUAUCAUGGCAAGAUAGUAUGGUUGCAACAAAAAAUAAUGAACUCAACUAG